AUGCCACGCAGGAGGCGUCAGCAGCCUGUUGUUUGUCCAGUUGCUCGUAGACGCCGAGGAUUCCGCAAUGGACAACAUCGACAAGGAAUAUAUCGGCUUGUUGAACACCUUCACGACUGCGCGAAGAAGGCUGAGAGUUUCAAAACCACCAGGAAGCGCCUGUCUCUUGAAACUCUUGAGCUGAUACGCCAGCGUGGAGCAGCACGAGCCACAGGGAACCAAGAACUCACGUUCAAGCUCGCAAGGCUUUGCAGAGAGGCGAUAAAGGAAGACCUUAAAGAGAGAAGAGCAGAAGUGCUGGCUGAAUCUGCAGAGACAGGGAAGAGCAUCCGCUAUGCCUAUGUCGAGACUUUGCCGGUCGCAAGACGAGGAUGA